CGUAUGUCGUUCUUGUUCCAUGUGAACUCCCAUGUGCUCCUAGGUAGACCCUUGACAUCUCCCUUUGGUGUGGGAAGAAGGACAGACAUUCUUUUGGACGCGUCUCCGGAUCGAUCCCGCAAUGAUCAGAGGUCUUACACGUUGCGAGGGUUCGGGACAUGGUGUUCCGCCUGGACUGCCCUGGGAAUGGUCAAAACAUAGCCGUGGCCGACGUCUCUCAUAUCAUGUUCUUUUCAAAAGUCCUCGCGAAAGCCGAAGCCAGGUAUGGAUCGACCGAGCUCCAAGUCCCGAUAACUAUCCACUCCCCCGCCAAGAAGACAUCGUGAACCGAAUUAAGGGCAAGGAGCACUUCACCAUUGUGGACGGAUCUCCAUUUUUUCACCAACUACCUAUACCCCACAGGCACAGGGACGGGAUGGCGGUGAUCUCACCAAGGGGGCUUGAGGUAUCCAACGUGGCAUUAAUGGGAUUCAAAAACUCUUCGGCCUUCGGCCAAUACCGUGUUCAUAUUCAGUCUCAUACUGCACCUGUGGUAAUGUUGACUGGCUACGUUGGGACGCAAGGAAUCGUGAAUCACACGAACCUGAACCUCCGACGCCAACAAUAUGAACACGAAGCUACAGCUCGGGGAAAUCAACAAUACUUAUGCGAAUCCAUUCUCAGUCGAGGAGAUUACCGACGGCUAGCCUUCCUGCUGAGGGGGUUAAAGCGUGAUGCCCCCUUUGACAUCAAAACCCCCAUUAUAUUCAUCGAUGGCAAGAUUCGACUCAUCCAUGCCCGCCACUACCUAGUAAACCAAGCCAUCAGUCUUGGCAUGCCUAAUCACCAAUGAAGCAGAAAAGCUUAUCUGCCGAUACGAUGCAGACAUGCGACCAAAUAACCAACAGCUGUUAUAUGACGACUUUAUAGGGUAGAACUCUUGUCGAAUUAGUUCGCUACUGUAACCCUCGGAAUGUGACGAGGGUGAUACAGUUCGGGCCUACUAGCUCAGGUUCAGACGCCCUCGGCGACCAUUGACGGUCCUUGUUACAAUCUCAUAACGCUGGGCCCAAGGGGCUGGCGUGGCUCUGUAGGAGGCUAAGGCUGGCUUUUCUUAUGGCGAAGACCCCCUGGACGACGGGCGGUCGUUGUUGAGACACCACAGACGCAAACUCACGGGGUUUGUGUGGCUCUGGUAAAGACUACCUACAUCAGGCUGGCUCUGGAAUUU